CACAUCCGAAGAAGUAGCAAAUGAAAACAACGUUGUACAAGUGCAAGUGGUCUAGAAAUAACCGAAUUUGACAUUUUCAGGCAGUGCCAAAGAAACCCUGGAGUUUGUAUAAAGCGCAGACUCAACCGUUCUCUUUCAUUCUGAGUACGAUUCUGAGUGGACGAGAUUGUCACCUCAGCAACAUUGGUGCCAAAUUGAGAUGGAUGCCCCUCGCCACAGAUCCGUAGAAACUUCAUUAAUGGGUUCUUCGACCUAAAUAACUUUAUUCCGAAGAGGGAAAGAUUGAAACAUUUUCUUCAAACACCGUUUUUUGGGGCAACUGGUUGAUAUAGUUUCCUUUGCUGUCUUGGAAAAUUGGCUGGAAAUACUGAUGGAUUUCUUCAACGAUUCUUCGGUUAAUAUUUCUUACCGAUAUUCUAAUUUGACCACAGCCGUUUAUCAUUUGACCUUCAAUCUGACCUUUGACCUUUUGUAUCUAGUUGUAAAAUCGACCCUGCAGUGCAGUGCCAUCCUCCCGACCAUUUACGGCAUCAUCUGCUUCCUUGGCAUCCUGGGGAACUGCAUGGUGAUCUACACCAUCCUGAAGAAGACCAAAUGCCGCGCCAAGCAGACCGUCCCCGACAUCUUCAUCUUCAACCUGUCCAUUGUGGACCUGCUCUUCCUCCUGGGCAUGCCCUUCCUGAUCCACCAGCUGCUGGGCAACGGCGCCUGGCACUUCGGGGCCACCAUGUGCACCGUCAUCACGGUGCUAGACUCAAACAGUCAGAUCGUCAGCACGUACAUCCUGACCACCAUGACCCUGGACCGCUAUCUCGCCACCGUGCAUCCCAUCCGCUUCAACCACGUCCGCACGCCGUGCGCGGCCUCCCUGGCCAUCGGGCUGGUGUGGGCGCUGUCCCUGGUCACCAUCAUCCCCGUGUGGAUGUACGUGGGCCUGAUGCCGCUUCCCGGCGGGCUGGCGGGCUGCGCCCUGUUGCUGCCCAACCCCGCCACCGCCACCUACUGGUUCACGCUCUAUCAGUUCUUCUUGGCCUUUGCGCUGCCGUUGGCUAUCAUCUGCCUGGUGUUCUUCAAGAUCCUGCACCACAUGGCCACCAGCGUGGCUCCCCUGCCCCCCCGGAGCCUCAGGGUGAGAACCCGGAAGGUGACCCGCAUGGCUGUGGCCAUCUGCCUGGCGUUCUUCACCUGCUGGGCUCCGUACUACAUCCUGCAGCUGGUGCACCUGGGGGUGCAGAAGCCCAGUGCUGCCUUCGCCUACGCCUAUAACAUCGCUAUCAGCAUGGGCUACGCCAACAGCUGCAUCAACCCCUUCCUGUACCUCACCCUCAGCGAGACCUUCAAGAGGCAGUUCCUGAGGGCCGUGAAGCCGCUGAACAGGGAGUUUAGGGUGGUUAACCUGAGCACCACAAACGGGGGCAACGUCAGCCUGAGACUGGUGCCCGGGGGGGCCCAGCCCCCGGCCGGCCAACCCCACAACGAGGCCACCGGAGACGGACUGUGAUGAACACCAAGAGCCGUGCGUUGUGUCUGAGUGAUCAGGCCCUCCUGGAUCCAAUGUAAGGCAACAGGUAGCUAAAAAUAAGAAGAAACAUACAAGAUGGUACCAUUUUAUAAGCUAUAUUUGCAUGCAUUUAUUCAAAGCACGCAUUCACAUUCACAUGCUUAAAAACUGUUAUUGGCUGCAAUUAGGCCUAAUAUUGUAGCUUAGAGCAGAAAAUACAUUGUGUUUAUUUGCAAUGGCAAUAUUUUUUUUGUGUUGAUGCAUCAUAUCAAGCAAACCUUAAAGCUGCAGUAAGUAAGUUCUAAUGUUUUACAGCUAAGACCCCCUCCUUCUAACCAAUCAGAGAAACCUAAAGAGAAAGAGCAUAACCCCUUGCUUUCAAAAAAACGCUCACUAGCAGUAUUAGUUGGAUGGAAGUAACUUCUUUGUGUGAUAACCGUGGUGGAGAAAAAGGGAGUCUCACUGGGAAAUGUUAGUAUAGAAUAUCUCUGUAGUGCUGCUAGACUGGUCAAUAAAACUCACUCACAGUGGGUCUAUAAUCGUUAAGAUGUGUUUUGGAGCAAAAUCAUAACAAAAACAGAACCUACAGCCAUUACCGUGGAAAGUGCAAGAAAGCACGAAUGUGUCAUACCACUCACGAUCAAAAAAACGAAAACGCUCUCCGUCCCUGUCUAUUAUGCCUACUGUAAAUAUGCCGUUUUUUGAAAAUGUAGGUAAUGUGCAAGCCUGUGCAUUUAGGAUGUUUUAUAGCAUUUGUUGUAUCUGUGUGAUAUGUGGAUCAGUUUAAUGUAGCCUAUGAACUUUGAGUUGUGAAUGAUGUUUUUGGUAAAUGUGUUUAAAAUGCUGUGCGGUAGUGUUCUGUCCGGAGGGUAACAUCCUGUAGCCUGUUUUGACGCCCAUGUCAGCAACGUCAAUAAUUAUGUUUUAUUUUAUUUAUUUGGGUGUCCAAAAGUUUUAUAUUUUACGUGUUUAUUUUUACUAUGAAGAAGAAAAACCAAGACAAUCUAUUUUGAUCCAAGGCUACAGCUAAGUUUUACAUUUUGCUACCUUGCUAGCAGUUUGUUUGCUUUGUAUCAAUCUGUGUGCAGUUGCAACAUUUUGUGUCUAUAACUAUUAGUGUAGCCAUCAUCUCUUGGCGGUGAUAGUGUAUGCCUGUGCUGGGUGCUAUGCAAUGCCAGUAUGCUGUCCUGUAACAGAGAAAGCAGUUUCAAUAAAAUAAGAUCCAUUUUGCACCAUUUCAAUAAAGCCUGUUUGUAUGGGUUCCUGGCGAGUUACAUGCCCCCACUACAUUUCCCCAUACCAAAACUGACCUCCCACGGUCCCGCCUACGGCAGCUUUAAUAUGCAGGAAAUAAGUAUGUGCUCCUCUUGAAAAGUGUUACUUCUUUCUUUGCACUUCAUUUGAACAAGUCACAAAGUCUCUCAUGGCUACAUUUAAUUACACAAGAGAAAUAAAUGCAAAUUUGUAUUUGUAUUGAUAAUAGCCUUUAACAUUAAUUUAUAGAUGUGACAAAAAUAGGGAAGAAAAGGAUACAAUAAAAAGCUGAGCUACAUUUCAGAAGUGUGAGUCAGUAAGUUGAUCACAGGUGAAAUUAUAGUUAUUUUUAUUUUUUAUUAUAGUUAACUGCAGAGCUACACCUGUGUUUGCCCCUGUGCUAAAGAACUCCUGGAAUGUUUAACCACAAGGCUCUGUAGUCCCUCUUUAUUCAUUUGGUCAGUGUGGAGAAAAUAAAAAGACUUGAAAGAUAAUGAAAUCAAAAGAUACGAAUAACACCAUGUUAAUUCUGCAUCUACAGACCUUUUGACUUGUCAUUUGAAGGAUUUAUGCUAUUAAGUUGAUAGAAAAAUGUGCAAUGUAUAAACCAUUUAACCCUCUGAAGAUCUUUGUUGUAAAAAAAAUGGUGUAAAUGAUAUUUGUUUUUCUUCGGUAGUGUCUUCGGAGGUAAAUAAAACAAAAAGUAGAACAUUCUCCUAAUCCUUUUGUGCUGUUGAUUCUAAUUUAUAAGAAAGUGAACACAGUUUUUGUGUAUGCUAUUAAUACUGUAUUUUGUAAGUAAUUAUUUAUGUAUAAUUUAUAAAUGAAAACGUAAUCAUUUUUAAGUGUGCACAACAUGUUUACAUGUCAGCCCCACUACCUUGUUUUGUUUUACCUUGUUUUGUUUAUAUCUCCCUUGCAUUGCUUUACAAUUUUAAAUGUUACUAUAAUUACAUUAUAUUACAUAAGUGUGAUAAGCUUUGCUGUACUUG